AGGUUUGAGUGUGUUGGUGAGAGUCACUUUACAUUGGUUGCUAGCAAGUGGUAUGGGGAGGCAACCCUGCUGUGACAAACUUGGGGUGAAGAAAGGUCCAUGGACUGCUGAGGAAGACAAAAAACUCAUAAACUUCAUUCUCUCCAAUGGCCAGUGCUGUUGGCGAGCUGUUCCCAAGCUUGCUGGGCUUCGGCGUUGUGGUAAGAGUUGUCGUCUUCGUUGGACUAAUUAUCUAAGGCCUGACUUGAAGAGAGGGCUCCUCACACAGGCUGAAGAGCAGCUUGUUAUCGAUCUCCAUGCCCGUCUUGGCAACAGGUGGUCCAAGAUUGCUGCCAGGUUACCAGGUAGGACAGACAACGAAAUUAAAAAUCACUGGAACACCCACAUCAAGAAAAAGCUCCUUAAGAUGGGUAUUGAUCCUGUUACUCACGAACCUCUUAACAAACAAGUCUCAUCCAAAGAUAGUUCAUCCCCUGCAGAGCAUUUCUCACAAGUGAAUAACAUUAACAUUCAUCAGGUUGAGCAAAAUGAUGGGGUUCUCAACUCAGAAGAGAAUUCAACCUCAUCACCGGCUGAAAAUUCUUCUGGGGAAGAAUCCCUUUUGGUGGAUAGCAUUUGCAGUGAUGUUUCUCUAAUUAACAGCAUGUGGCUGGAUGAAACUCCUCUGAUGGACACAUUAUGGGACAAUACACCUAAAGUUGAGAAUGCAAAUAAUAACAUGGGCUUACCAAUAGGGGAGGAUAAUUGUGCUUGGUUGUUGGACUGCCAGGACUUUGGUAUUCAUGAUUUUGGCUUCAAUUGUUUCAGCGAGGUUGAAACAAAUGUACUGCAAGCUAUAGGCAUGGACAGAAAAGGGCUUUAGGAUGCAGUACAUAUGGUAAUUAAAGUUAGUUGUCCUUAAGAAACAGAGCAUGCAAUCAAAAAAUAUGUGUAUAUGUGAAUGUGACAAAAUGGGAAUAAAUCCUCUCGUGUCCAUGUCACGUUCAAAUUUUGUGUUUAUAACUUUCUUGAUGAAUAUUAGAUAAAGUUCUCCUUAUUUAUUAUUUGUCAAGAAAGUGAUACACACGAGAUUUGAACGUGAUUUUGUUGUGUUAAAAUUUGACACUAGAGGAUUAACAAAAUACCAUGGACUUGAAUUUAGGUUCUUGGUGUUGAAUUUUAUCUAGCUAAUGUGUUACAUAAUAUUCCUGGAAGGUAGACAGCGAACCUUUCCUCUCAACCAAAUCACAAAAAUGUUACCGAACGAAGUCCCCAAAAUGCCACAUUACUUGUAUUCUUGUACAUGCAGCAAUCUUGUGUAUGGUAGGCACAAGAAAAUCGGAGAAGUCAAACAACUACUGGGUUUUCUGAUUGAGUAACUUAUUGUAUAUAGAUGUUUAAUUUGAAAAUACUGUGAAACUCUUGUUUUAUUGUGGCUAUAAAUUCUGCUAUAAUCUAUUCAGUUCCUGGGAUAGACAAUAAAAGGGUGGGGAGAUGAAAAUAA